UCAUACGCAGUGCAGACAUCCUUCAACAGUCAUCACCCACUGCACUUUUCUCUAAUCCUUCUAAACAAUCGUCGGAACAAACAAAUUCUCCCAUGGCGGAAUCAGACCUCACCACCACCAAAUCCUUAAUAGACGGCAACAUCCUAGCCGCCAAGUCCCUCGCUCGCUUUGGUGUGGACCACAUGUUCGGCGUGGUCGGCAUCCCCGUCACCCCCUUCGCCAACCGUGCCGUUACCCUUGGCAUCCGUUUCAUCGCCUUCCACAACGAGCAAUCCGCCGGUUAUGCCGCUUCCUCCUUCGGCUACCUCACCGGCCGCCCCGGUGUUCUUCUCACCGUAUCCGGUCCAGGCUGCGUCCACGGCCUCCCUGGCCUUGCCAAUUCCAUGGCCAACGUUUGGCCGAUGAUCAUGAUCUCUGGCUCCUGCGACCAAUCGGACAUCGGCCGUGGCGACUUCCAGGAGCUCGAUCAGAUCGAAGCCGUCAAACACUUCUCUAAGUUCUCUGCAAAAGCAAAGCACAUCUCCGAAAUCCCAAAUGUUGUGGCCCAAGUCCUCCACCAUGCCAUCUCAGGUCGGCCCGGUGGUUGCUAUCUGGACCUCCCGUCCGACGUAUUACACCAGACCAUCUCCAGCUCUGAAGCUGAAACUUUAUUAGCUGCGGCAGAGAGCUCUAUAAAGCGCGAAGAAAUCCCGGUCCCACCAGUUUCCGAUAUUGAGAAAACGGUGUCUUUGCUUAGAAAUGCUAAGAGACCGUUAAUUGUGUUUGGAAAAGGAGCGGCAUUUUCACGAGCAGAGGACGAACUGAAGAGGCUAGUAGAAACCACUGGAAUCCCGUUCCUACCGACUCCAAUGGGGAAAGGGUUAUUACCGGAUACGCACGAGCUGGCGUUGACGGCGGCUAGAUCGUUGGCCAUUGGCAAGUGCGACGUCGCGCUUGUUGUUGGUGCUAGACUGAAUUGGUUAUUGCAUUUUGGGGAGCCACCCAAGUGGUCCAAAGACGUUAAGUUCGUAUUGGUGGAUAUAAGUAACGAAGAGAUUGAGUUGAGGAAACCGAGUGUGGGUUUAGUUGGAGAUGCGAAACAGGUUCUGAAAUUGAUUAAUAGUGUGAUCAAGGACGACCCUUUUUGUUUGGGGAGGUCGCAUCCUUGGGUUCAGGAAGUAGCGAAGAAAGUGAAGGACAAUGUGGUGAGAAUGGAGGCGCAAUUGGGGAAGGUUGUGGUGCCGUUUAAUUUCUAUACGCCGUUGAGGAUUAUAAGGGAUGCGAUAUUGGGAGUAGGGAGUCCUGCACCGAUAUUGGUUUCGGAAGGGGCGAAUACGAUGGAUCUUGGGCGAGCAGUGUUGAUUCAGACGGAGCCGAGGACUAGGUUGGAUGCUGGGACUUGGGGGACAAUGGGGGUUGGUUUAGGUUAUUGUAUUGCGGCUGCGGUGGCUUCGCCGGGUAGGCUGGUGGUUGCGGUCGAAGGGGAUUCUGGAUUUGGGUUUAGUGCAAUCGAAGUUGAGACAUUGGUUCGAUACCAGUUGCCUGUGGUUGUGAUAGUAUUUAAUAAUGGUGGAGUAUAUGGUGGUGACCGGAGGAGCCCUGAAGAAAUUGAUGGGCCUUAUAAAGAUGAUCCUGCACCCACUUCCUUAGUCCCUGGUGCAGCAUAUCACAAAGUAAUCGAAGCUUUUGGAGGCAAAGGUUAUCUUGUUGCGACCCCUGAAGAGCUCAAGUCCGCCCUAUCGGAAUCCUUCUCUGCCAGGAAACCUGCUGUUAUAAAUGUCACAAUUGAUCCUUACGCUGGUUCAGAAAGUGGCAGACUUCAGCACAAGAACUGAAGUGACGCUUGGCUGCUUUUUUCCCUUCCUUUUUUGGGAUUUGUGCUUCAUUUGCUGCAUAGCAAGGUUAUAUUUGCGUUAAAGGGGAGUACUGCAUUGUGCUAUUGUGCAUAGUUAUUGAAUAAGGAGAGCUUUA